AUGGGCUUCCUCUCUGCGGUCUUUGCCCUUUCCCUCCUAACCAGCGGCGUCCCCGCGCAUGAACUCGUAGUCAGACAUUCAGCAGCUUCCCCGCGCGCUCUCGAUGGACGGGCGGCUACUGUAAUUCCGCCAGCUGAUUUCUCCGUCGCGAUUACCGGCAAGACGCCCCGUCGCCGAGCCAAGAAGGUGGCUCUGGAGAGGUUACGUGGGAAACCCACCUUCAAGUCAACCAGACCAGGGCGUGGAGGGAGCAGCACAGUCCCUGUAGACGGCUCUGACUUCGAUGACGAGUAUUUGACCAACGUUACUGUCGGUGGCCAGCAUUUCAGCUUGAUCAUCGAUACCGGGAGCUCUGAUACCUGGGUGGCCCAAAAGAACUUCAAUUGCUUCGACCUCACUGGUGCACCUUUGCCGGAAGAUCAAUGUUUCUUUGGGACCGCAGGCUUUGACCCGAAGGCUUCCAAGACUUUCAAACCGUUCCCCAAUGUCAGCUUCAACAUAACAUAUGGCGACGGAGAGUUUCUUUCCGGACCCGUAGGCUUUGACACGAUUUCCAUCGGUGGCCUGAGUGUAAAGAACCAAGAACUCGGGUUCCCAACUCUGGCUGCUUGGGAAGGCGAUGGCGUCAACACUGGUCUUAUCGGUCUUGCAUUCCCCGAUUUGACGAGUGUCUAUAAUACGACUGACCCUACAAAGGCAUCUUCCGCCAACCAGAUCCCUUAUGAUCCUCUCUUCGUCUCUGCCGUCAAGCAAAAACGAGUCAAGGCUCCAUUCUUCUCCGUUGCCCUCAACCGCGGUACUUUUGAUCAGCAAGAAAACGAUCCUUUUGACCCCAAUCUGGGCUUCCUCUCAUUUGGCGGUCUUGCCCCAGUCCCUGUGACUUCAACCUCAGUCACCGUUCCCGUGGAGGGUUACUCUGUGACGACGGGCAUCCCAUCGUCUGCCCCCGGAUCGCCAUUCUUCUUCUACACCGUCGCAGUCCAGGGCUUUACCUUCCCCGGCUCAAACCACGUCCACACAGCCAACAACAACACGAUUCUGGACACGGGCACGACCCUCAAUUUUAUCCCCACCGAUGUCAUGGCUGCCUUUGCUAAGGCUUUCCAGCCGCCCGCCACGCUCGAUGAAGACUUUGGCUUAUACCUCGUCGACUGCAACGCCAAAGUGCCCGAGUUCCUCGUCACGAUUGGAGGGGUGCGUUUCAGCGUGGAUGGGAGGGACCAGAUCCUUCCGGGCGGCACGGACGAGAACGGCAACAUCAUAUGCGUAUUGGGCACGCAAGAUGGGGGACCCAAUGUCCCAGAGAACAUCUUCAUUCUUGGCGACACGUUCUUGCACAAUGUAGUUUCGACGUUUAGUCCUACUCUUGGAGAGUUGCAAUUCAAGUUCACCUGGAUAAAACUCGCCGCAGCUGGGGCUGAAGUCGACGGGGAGGAAGUUCUGUUGCAACAGGAGCCUGCCCUGCGUCCACUAACUUCUCUCAAAUGGCCCUACGUACCCGACCAGUCGUCUUAUCCUGACCCAUUGAAGCGGGACGACCCUAAGCCGCUCCAAACACACCAAUAUGAGGCGAUAGGUGCAAUUUGCCCUAAAUAUGUUAAAGAUUGGGCUGAAUAUCUUGCAGCGACCUCGUCCGCGAUCCGUCAAGUCCUCGCCGCGCAUCCCUCCCUGCCGGGGCUGCUCACGCAGCUGGACCGGCUGCGCGGUCACGAACGCGAAGACGCGUUGCAACGCGCUUUGGGUGUCAGUGCGCCGGAUAUAAGAGCCCAACGCGGGCCAGAGAAGCUUGGCGACGAUGUUCUUGCGCUAAGAGCAUUGGCGGAAGCGGUAGAAGGGGCUGUACGCGGAGGGAAAGACGGAGAAUUGGGGCUUGACUGGGAAUAA